AUGAAAGAAAAAAAAAAAUUACAAGAAAUAAUUGAAAAUAAGAAAAUUUUUAAGGUUAGAUGGACAGUUUCCUUCGACAGUGAUAGUGAAUAUCCUAUAAAAAAUUCAAAUUCAAAAAGCAAGUACUGGAAAUAUGAGCAGGAUGGCUUUCGAGAAGAAGGAUGGGAUAAAGAGUUAGGGAUUCCAAAAGUCAUUUUAAGUGAGGUAGAAAAUCUGAUGCAAGGAAGAGCAUUAUAUAUAAGAAAUGCAAGUCAUUAUGGGCAAAGAAGACUGGACUCAGUACUCAAUAAUUCGAUAAUUAUGGAAAAGGGAAAAUUUGAUAUAGAUUUAAUGGAUACAAAAAGAAGCCAAGUAAGUGAAGCUCCUCAAAGUUUUGAAAACACAAAAAAUGAAUGUUCUAAAACAAACUUAAGUCAGGAUUUGCCACACUCCAGUACACCAAAUUUUCCUAACCAUCCAGAGGAGUCAUUUUAUGCUUUAAUUGAUGAAGUUUUACAAGAAGGAUCUACUUGUACUGUUGUAUAUCCUUCAGAAUACUCUGGUAAAUGGGAGGCUGAGCAUUUUCAAGUAUUUCACUUUAGCACAAUUAAAAAAUCUCUGAACCGUUUGUUGGAUCUUCAUAAAUCUGAAAGGUUGUUUGUUUCCUAUUUUUCAGAUGUUAAAAUUUCUCAAUACUGCCCAACUAUUUUCUGGAAUAUUGUCCGGAUAUUUCACGGUGAAAUAGAUGUUGGAAUUAUUGAAAUCUUUUCUUCUAUACCCAUAGCUAUGCUAAAGAGGAAAAGAAGUACUGUUGAGAUUAGAUUUAAUGAACAAAAUCCAAGCUCCUCUUUAAACAAAAGAUCAGACAAAAAUGGUCCUUGUGAAGAUAAAAGUGGCUACAAACUAAAAAAAAGUAAAGACAUUUUUCAGGAACUGAGUCAGAAACUUAUUCAAGAUUUAAAUACAAAAAUCCCUUAUUUUGAAAAAAACGGAAUUGAAUAUUUUAAAGAUUCUGAUUAUUUGGAUUUGAAACAAAAAAAUAAAAUGUCUCAAGAAAAUUCUGAUUUUGAGAAUAAUCUUCUAUUCAAUAGAGAAAUUGACCAAUCGAGUAUUGAGAACCAAAUUUCAAGAAGAUCAAGCAGAAGAGUCUCUUUUGGAGUUAACGACGAAAUUUCAAUUAUUGAAGCAACCAUAGACAAAAAUUACAAAAUUAUCCGCCUUCCAAUAUAUAAUUAUCCAGAAAAAUGGAAGAAGAUUAUCUAUAAAUACUGCAUUCUCAACGAAAUUCACUCAUGCACUUUAAUUAAAAAAGAUUCUUUUAAAGGUAGGUGUGUAAUAGCUGGAUCUUUUAUUAGAAAGGAUGACUUUGUCUUGGAAUAUAAAGGAAAUCUAAUUACUCAUCUCACUGAAGCCAAAGAGUUAGAAAAGAAGUAUGCCCUUAGUAACAAGGGAUGUUAUAUGUAUUACUUCAAAUAUAAUGACAAGAAUUACUGCAUUGAUGCUACCGAGGAAAACUUGGAGUUUGGGCCAGGAAGACUAAUUAAUCAUUCUAAGAAAAACCCUAAUAUAAUUACAAAGGUCUUGAUUGUAGGGACCACCCCAAGGCUAUUCUUUGUCUCUAAAAGAAAUAUUAUGUGUGGGGAAGAACUACUUUUUGAUUAUGGAGAUAACAAUCCUAUUUCCACCCUACACAAUCCUUGGCUCCUAAAUUCAUAA